AUGGGAUCCACACAGCAAUCGUGGGAGCAAAUCGUCUCCCAAAAGCUCGCUGCCAGGGACCAGCUACUCGCACCAUACUUGGUCGACGAUAUUGAGCAGCGAGUGCCUCGUGUCUUGCAGGUUGAUCAGCGCAGUUGUUUGGAAAAAGAUCCUCAAGUUCAGAAGAUCACUGAUCUCGAUAAUAUCGUGGAUUUGUUACAGUUGCUUCAAAAGGGAGACUUGACGGCGACAGAAGUAGUCACGGCGUAUAUCAAAAGAGCCGUGGUGGCACAUCAACUGACAAAUUGCCUCACAGAAGUUUGCUUCACAGAAGCUUUGGAGCAAGCGAAGCAACUCGAUAUCGAAUUUCAGAUAACUGGCCAACCAUCGGGACCUUUACAUGGUAUACCUAUUACCCUGAAAGACCAAUUCAACGUCAAAGGUCUCGAUACGACACUCGGAUAUGUCGGCAGGUCAUUCUCGCCAGCAGACGAAGAUGCAGUCUUAGUACAGAUGCUAAAGAACAUGGGCGCCAUCGUCAUUGCGAAAACGAACCUCUGUCAAAGCAUCAUGUGGUCUGAGACCGAGAAUCCACUCUGGGGACUAACAACAAACGCCCGGGACCCUUCGUUCACGCCAGGAGGCUCUACCGGAGGCGAGGGACCACUGCUCGCCUUACACGGCUCCAUUCUGGGCUUUGGAACUGAUAUCGGAGGCAGUAUUCGCAUUCCACAGAGCAUUGCAGGACUCUAUGGCUUGAAACCCAGCAGCAGCCGAUUCCCUUACAACGGACUUGCCGUCUCCACAGAAGGCCAGGAACACGUCCCAUCAUCAGCAGGCCCAAUGACCCGAGACCUCGCAUCACUCUGCUACAUAACACAACUCGUAGCAAACGCCCAACCCUGGACCCUAGACCCCCGCUGCACGCCAAUCCCCUGGAACGAACCAUCCUUCCACGAGAUCCAAAACCGCCCACUAGUCAUUGGCCUAAUCCUCGACGACGGCGUCGUAAAAGUCCACCCACCCAUCACCCGCGCCUUACAAGAGCUCUCCUCCGCACUGAAAGCCCACGGCCACGAAAUCGUGCCAUGGGAUACAUCAGACCACGCCUCCGCCAUCGAAAUAAUGGACCAAUACUACACCGUCGACGGCGGCGAGGAUAUCCGGCGCGACAUCGACGCCGCGGGCGAACCUUAUAUCCCGCACGUGCAGGCAUUGGUUAAUCGCGGCACCCCGAUCUCUGUAUACGAGUACUGGCAAUUGAAUAAGCGCAAAGUGACCGCGCACAAGAAGUACCUUGAUAAAUGGCGUGCUGUGCGUUCAGCGUCUGGAAAGAGCGUGGAUAUACUCCUCAGUCCGACGCUGCCGCAUACAAGUGUUCCACAUCGCAAGUCGAGGUGGGUUGGGUAUACGAAGAUUUGGAACUUUCUUGAUUAUCCGGCUUUGACUUUUCCCGUUGAGAGGGUUAGGGCGGAUAGGGAUCGGGUGCCCGUCCAGCCGUAUGCGCCGAGGAAUUCGGUUGAUGAGUGGAAUUGGAAUCUUUAUGAUGCGGAGGAGGUGGAUGGGUAUCCGGUGAAUUUGCAGAUUGUUGGGAGGAAGUUGGAGGAGGAGAAGGUGCUCGGGGCGGCGACUGUUAUUGAGAAGAUCUGGAAGAGUCGUUGUAUCUAG